GCCUUUCCACAGUCAACGUCUAUCCAGUCCCGAACCAGCUGACACACAUGGACCUUUCACAACAGGAACCUGUUGGAAUACCUUCCAGACUGGGUGUGUGACUGUCGAAAAAUUGAGAUGCUGGAUGCUACCCACAACCUCCUGUCUGAACUUCCUUCCAGGUUGCUGAACAGCUUGAGUUUGAGGAAGCUGCUGGCGGGGAACAAUCAUCUGCAGAGAGUGCCUGACCUCCUAGACCAUAUCCCUCUGGAAACCCUUGACCUGCAGCAUAACAAGCUCACCGAACUUCCAGAGAGUCUCUUUUACAAGGCCUUAAACCUAAAAUACCUAAAUGUGUCAGCCAACGCCUUGGAAAGCAUCCCCCCCAGCAGCCAAUCAGAGGAGAGCCUCAGCACUCUCCAGGAGCUCUACCUGACCGGGAACAACCUGAACGAGAACUGUGGUGCUCUGUUGGUCGGACACCAGAACCUGCGGAUCCUUCAUGUCGCCUACAACCAGCUGCUCUCUUUCCCAGCCAGUAAGCUGAGUAAACUGGAACUGCUGGAGGAGCUCAAUUUAAGCGGGAACAAGCUGAAGACGAUCCCCUCCACCGUGUCCAGUUGUAAGCGGCUGCACACGCUCAUAGCACACUCGAAUCAAAUAACCGUCUUCCCAGAAAUCCUCAACCUGCCUGAGAUCAAGCUUGUAGAUCUGAGCUGCAAUGAGCUGAGUGAGAUUCAGCUACCUGACUCCCUGCCUGCCACGCUGCAAGAGCUGGACCUGACGGGCAACAGCAGCCUCACGCUGGAGCACAAAACCCUCAACCUGUUCAGUCACAUUACCACGCUGAAAUUAGACCAGAAGUCCCCGCCGACACCCGGAGACUCCCUGGGCUCCUCGGCUCUCUGGAAGCACGGUUACUCUGAGAUGAGAGGCCAAAGGAAUAAGUUGUGUGUUUCUGUGCUCGCUGUGGACCGUUUUGGAGACGGCGGCGAAGGCUGCUACGGCAUCUUCGACGGCGACCGCAACGAAGAGGUACCACGUCUCUUGCAGUGCACCAUGGGAGACGUGCUUUGCGAAGAGCUACAGCACUCCAGGACCGACGCAGUCUACAUGUGUAACACCUUCCUCACCUCACACAGGAAACUUGGCAUGGCUGGACAGAAACUCGGUGCUUCUGCCCUGUUGUGUUACAUCCACCGUGAGGUGUCCGAGUCCGGGGGCUGCUUUAGCCUCACGGUGGCUAACGUGGGCACGUGCCAGGCGAUUCUGUGCCGUGACGGACAGGCUGUACAGCUCUCAAAGGUCUUCAGCUUGGAGAACUCCACUGAGGAGAUGGAGAGGGUUAAAGUCCAUAAAGCCAUUAUAACAGAGGAUAACAAAGUGAGCGGAGUGACGUGCUGCUCCCGCUUGUUGGGCUGCUCCUAUCUGUCUCCCUGGGUGCUUCCAAAGCCCUGGGUGCACACCGAGCCGCUCUGUGCCAAGGAUGAGUUCCUGAUCCUGGGGAACCGGGCCCUUUUUGAGCGAGUGUCCUACCAGGAGGCUGUGCGCACUGUGCAGGCCGUGCGGGAUCCGCGGGCCGCCGCCAAGAAACUGUGCUCCCUGGCCCAGAGCUACGGCUGCAAGGACAACAUAGGAGCCGUGGUGGUGUCACUGCACGUCGGCGAGGACAGCUGCACUUGUGAGCCGCCGGCGUCGAACGACGAACUGCGGGGUCCGCCCCCGGCCCCCGUGCCGGUGUCCGCGCCCCCGUGCCCCAGCGAUCCGGGAAACAUCUCGUUCAGCAGCGGCAUCGGCACCGAGUUCAGCAGCGAGACGUCAGCUUCAGAGGUAGGCAGCGAGGCGGGGUCCACCGCCUCGGACGAGCCCCCGUCCUCCGGCUCUGCGUCUCGCCCCGAGCGGCGCUGCAGCCUCCACCCUGCUCCCACGCCCUGCGGGAUCAUGGUGCCGGGUCCAGCUGCAGCUGUAACCCACCCUGGUGUUUUCCAGCGCCAGCCCUCCAGUGCUACAUUCUCAAGCAACCAGUCCGACAACGGCUUGGACAGUGACGACGAAGCUCCACCCGAGGGGGUUAUCUCCAACGGGAGCAAGUUAGAGGUUGAGGUAGACAUCCACUGCUGCGCUUUCCAGCUCCGGUCCGGGGCCCUGGAGAGCCCGAAGGAGCUGAAUCUUGAAAACCGUCACGGUAGAAUGCGCAGACAGAACAGCGUGGUGGUUUCCGCCACAAACGGCUGUCUGCUGGCUGUGUGCGGGAGGGAGAACGGAGACCUCAAGAAGUCCCCUUCCACGUCCAGCCUGUUUGGUAAGAAGUUGUCCAAUGGCUCUGUGGUGGCCCUGGAGGAGAGUCAUAAUAUUAUUGAGGUGGCCCUGGAGGCUCCUAAGAAGAAAUCGGGAUACUUCACCGCCCCAGCUCAGCAGGACCCAGAGGACCAGCUGAUUGUGCCUCCUGGUCUUGAGCAGGAGAUCAGGGAGCAGCUGAAAGGCCAGAGCCUUCUUGUCUCAGGCAUCUCAACGCCACCAACACCCACUUGUGUAAAAGAUCCACUGUGGGAUCAACCGCACCCUCAUGCGUUUGCCUCCAGCUUAGUUCCAGGCCCGGGCCUCGCUACCAUCAUGCAGCAGGAAGUCUAUGAUACAGCCCUCUAGGACGCUUGGACAGCCAAUUGGAGGCAUUUUGGAUUGUGCCAUUCUAGAGGCGUGGAGCUAUCUCUUUACAGCUGGUUGGGUUGGAAGAAGUUGCCAUUUAAAUUUUUUUUUUCUUUUUGAAAAGACAAGAAACGCCUUUAGACCUUUGUCAUUGACUGAUACUGUGCCAUUAAAGAGAGAUAAACAGAACAUGCUCUGAGUAUCCACCACAAUAGGGCUGAACAGGAUUUCCACGUGUCCAGUAUAUCAACAGCAUUUCCCUUUACUCGGAAAGUUAAGCAGUCUGAUGCAUUGUGGUCAAACCUACCCUUGAGGAACCCAAAGGUGUCUCAGGUUCUGCAGAGAUGGAUUAGUGCUGAUGCUUGAAAAAGUGCCUACUACGGACGACACAUCAGAAAGCUCAACGCAUCCAGUUUAGGUGUUGGGAUGAGAGCUUUUUUUAGUUACAAUCAGACAGGGCACAGUUUUGUUUUUGUUUUUCAAACACUGGACAUCCAUGGACGUUUUUUUAUGGCUGUUAAUGUUUGGCCCGUUGUUUUCUUUAUCAGACCCAGAAAAAUAUAUUGAAAACUUGACUUUUUAUGCCAUAAUCCCAUAUAAAUAUAGCCUAAAUUAAGAUGUGAAAGUCAAGCUUUGUUUAACCACAAAGACCUUUCAACUAAACAUCAGUGGACGCCUUUACGUGUACGUCUUUUCAGAGUUCACUUUUCAGCCACGAUUUCAUGUUAUUUAAACACAAAGCAAUGUCAAAAGGGGUUAAACUCUUUACCCAAAGGUACAUUUAAGGAGGAGUAUCCUAUUAUACAGAAAUGGUUCUUUCAUUGUGGUACUUUGCUUAGAUUUUAAUGGAAGAUAUGUGCUGACCCAAAGGGCCCAAAUUUUCCCUUUAAAUUUGGGAGUCUCGUUUUUUCAAAACUGAAAAACUGGAACUGAAGAACAUCUAAAGGCAACAAAAAUUGCCGUUAUGUUGCUAAAAUUGUUGAUUUGGGGGUUAGUUUCUUAGAAUAUUUCACACUGAAUAAAUCAUUGCAGAAAACAUCCUCUAUAACUACUAAGGGAUAAACACUGAAUGCACUACCUAGCACCUCUGAGCCGUUUGACAUUGAAACUGUUUAGCUUUACUGAGCUGAAGUGCUAGUGACAACAGAAUAACCAAUCAUCAAAAUAAUAAUCUACAUAAAACCUACAUUGCAGAGAAAAAAAACACAAAUAUUUUAACUUUAGGCAGUUUGAACAUAAACUGAUUCAUUAACUUACGCAAAUCAGCCAGAUAAUAGUUGCAAAGAUAUUAAAAAAAAGUUUUAUCUAUCCUCUUAUUUGAAAUCUCUUUUCAUAUUAAAACAAGUUACAAUUAUUCUUAGGAAUUAAUAUUUGAAGCAGCUGAUAUUAGUUAUAUUAUAUAGAGAUAUUAUGAACAAACUUACACAAGGUACACUGCAUUGCCAAAAGUAUUCGCUCCCCUGUCUUGACUUUCAUAUGAACUUCACUGGCCUCCCACUCUUAAGCCAUAGGGUUCAUUACCAGAUUGACCCAUGGCUUUAAAGCCAUAACAGCUUCAACUCUUCUGGGUGGGCUGUCCACAAGACUGUGGAGCAUAUUUAUGGUGAUUUUUGACCAUUUUUCCAGAAGCGCAUUUGUGAGGUCACACACUGAUGUUGGACGAGAAGGCCUGGCUCUCAGUCUCCGCUCUAAUUCACCCUAAAGGUGUUCUGUCGGGUUGAGGUCAGGACUCUGUGCAGGCAAGUCAAGGUCACACACACCAAACUCUCAUCCAUGUCUGCACGGAGCUGGCUGUUUACACUGGUGCACAGUCGCAUUGGAAGAGGAAGGGACCAUCUCCAAACCGUUCCCAUAAAUUUGCAUUCAGCAUUCCUUUAACUAAAACUCACACCAGAACCCUCCCUGCAACAAACUUUACACUUGGCACAACGCAGUCAGACAACUACCGUUCUCCUGACAACCGCCAAACCCAGGCUGGUCCAUCAGAUUGCCAAAUGGAGAGGGGUGAAUCGUGUCUCCACUGCUCUGGAGUCUGCUGGCGGUGUUGUGGAUUUAGCUGAAAAUAUCCCUUCUUGUUGAAAAAGACGACUGGAGAUUCGACUUCAUAUUUUUGUCACUUUUACUUCUGAACUGCGGCAAAAACAAGCAUAUACAUAGAGCUACAUUUUCUAGAAUGUAGAAGAAAAACUGGCUUCUUCGCUAGUCAGAAAUCUAAAACCAACAAUCAUGGCUGACAAUUGGCACCCACGCCAUCUAGUGGAGAAAUACUUGUACGAUCAAACCCAGUACAAUCUUAAACUGAAUUGUAUUUAUUCCAUUCUAUUUAUUUAACAUCUAAACAAUAUGAAUUAACCAUAUUAUAUUCAACAGGCGGCGUGCUCUACACCAGUGGUUUUCCUCCCACCAUCCUGCAUGUUUUAGACGUGUCUCUGCUCCAGCACACUUGCAGCAAAUGAUUGCGUGACCGCCUCAGCACCAUCAAGGGCUGCAGUGGCCUGUUAAUCACAGAUUUUUUUAAAUAUUUAUUUAAGUAAUCCUAUCACAGAACCACGCUGGAACUCACUGAGCUCCUGGACGUGACCCAUUACAUCACCAAUGUUUGUAGAAACAGCCUGCUUGACAUUAUACACCUGUGGCCAUAGAAGUGAUGAGAACACCUGAUCUUCAUUAUUUGGAUGGGUGAGCGAAUGCAUCUGGCAAUAUAUCGUAGUGUACCGUUUGUUCUCACAUGUAGAUCACGCAUUGAUUCAUUUCCUUCGUCGUUCUGCUUACUCUGUCGAAUAUUGGACCUAAGAGCUGCUUUACCCGUAUGAAACAGUGGCCGGUCGGGGGGACAUAGGAUUUGUCGGGGCAUGUUGAACAUUUGGCUGGCGAGAAAUCCCUCAUAGCUGAUGGAGAGACCUGUAACUCAGUCUCCUGACUUGACAUGAACAAUAUGUAAAUUAAUCAGAACAAAAAUCUUUGGGGAAAAAAGUCUUUAGAGCAAUCUUCUAACAAUUAAAAAAAAAAACGUCUCAUCAUUAGAGGCUUCUCUUGUUUUGAUAUCAUUUUUUUUCCCAUCUAUGCACAUUUCCAUGUUUGCUAUAGUUUUAUCAUUGGUCAGAUCUCAGCAGUAAGCCCACAAUAAUUAAAAUAUGAAAGCAACAGCAGUAUAUGGUAUUGAAUACCGGAAUAUGUAAUAAAUCGUUUCUUAUCCAAAGCUUUGGACGCCUGUAUCAUAUUACAUAGACUGCACACAGGUCCCUCAACAAUUGUUUGGACCACUGGUAAAGAGGUGAUAAAAGCCUUAAAAUGAAUUUGUUUCUUACAGUGAGCUUUGAGAUCUUUUACCUCCCUCACCAUCCUCCUCACUGUUUGAACAGAUAAAAAUGGCCCAGCCUUGUUUGUCACAGUUCAUUUUGUUUAAAACUUGUUUAGGUUUUUGCGCUGAAUGUAGACACUGCAGUUGUGGUUAGAGUACCCAAAAAUUUUUAUUCAAGUGAGAUUUAGCCUUGCUUCAAAAUGAUAUUACUCAAGCAGUAGUCAAAGAUUACCAAUCAAAUAGUUCAGAGACAUCCACGCUCAUCUACCUUUAAAAUAAAUUAAUGUAAAAAGUUCUGGUUAUGUCUAACAGUUGCCAGGGUUCCCAGUAAGUGUGAUUAUGGCUGUUCUGUAAGAAACUAUUAUUUCUUACUGUAUUUGCACCCCUGGCCCCCUCUAAUUAUUAUAUUUGUUCUACUUUGACCCUAACUUCAGUAGUUUUGGUAUUCCACAUCUGUUGCAUAGUUGGACCUACAGCUUUUUGCCUUAAAGCGCCGUCGUUUGAAACAAGAAGUCCUUUGGGUCGUCCAUCUGUGUUGUGUUUCUCUAACAGUCCUCUUUAAAGGCCAAGAGAACAGAGAGAUCUGUCCUUAGUUAGCGAGAACAAGAGCAAAACUCUUUCUGACCAGGACAUUUAUUAUUUCACAGGAACUUAUUGGGAGUCCUUAUAAAGGUCCUUCCCCCCGCAGCAUUUUUGUGUAAUACUUCUCAGACAUUACGUAAAUAAAAAAAAAAGGUUCCUCCCAGAUCAUAUGUCAAGAACAAGGAACAAGAGCUCCCAAACCAGGGCUGCGGGAGUAAAAUGAUGUCAUUUCGUUUCUGCAGCCCUUGGAGAGAAGAAAUGUCUCUGUUCUUGCAGAGUAUGUACAGGCCUUAAGUCUGUGGAUGUUUUCCAUGAGGAAUUUGCAGUUUCAUGUUUUUGCAGGUUUUUGCACCUUCAACAAAACUAACACUGGUAUAAGCACUUUGUUCUUAAAAAAAAAAAAAAAA